AUGGACGGGAAGCUGCCGCCGCCCAACCCCAACCUCCCGUACCGGGAGGACUGCUGGAGCGAGGGCGAGACGGCCGCCCUCGUCGACGCCUGGGGGUCGCGAUACAUCGACCUCAACCGCGGCAGCCUCCGCCAGCCGCAGUGGCGCGAGGUCGCCGACGCCGUCAACACCCGCCCGGGGGCCUCCGCGCGCCGCCGGCCCCCGCGCACCGACAUCCAGUGCAAGAACCGGGUCGAUACCCUCAAGAAGAAGUACAAGGCCGAGCGGGCGCGGGGCGGGCCCUCGCCCUGGCCCUUCUUCCGCCAGCUCGACGUCCUCGUCGGCCCGACCCUCUCGGCCGCCGCCGCCAAGAAGCCCUCCCCGCCCCGCGCGCUUCCCAUGCUGCGGAGGCGCAUGUCGCCCUCUCGCUCCCCGUCGCCGCCCUCGCCGGCGCCGCCGAUGGCGCUCCCCCUGCCCAACUACCGCCGCGGGUCCAACCUCCCGGCCGCUGACCUAUUCCAUAAGGCCGCCGCAGCUGCGGCUGCCGCGGAUUCCGACUCGGACGAUGGCUACAAUAACAACAACAACUAUGACGACGACGAGGGCUCGCAGCAAUCGGCCUCGCGCUCAGUGUCGUCUCACUCUGGUGGUAACGGUCCUCCUGUUCUUGGCGGUGGUGGGGGCGGCGGUGGCGGCAACAAAAGGAAGAGGGGCGGGGCCGGAGGUUUUGGGGAGCUAGCGAUGGCUAUGGAGACAUUCGCUGAGAUGUAUGAGCGCAUGGAGGCUGCCAAGCAGAGGCAUGCAGAGGAGAUGGAGAAGCAGCGGAUCAAGUUCCUCAAGGAUCUGGAACUCAAGCGGAUGCAGGCUUUCGUGGACAUGCAGCUUCAACUUUCGAGGGUAAAGCAAGCCAAGAACGGUACCUCGGAGAUGCUCAUGUCUCUUGCUGCACUGCCGUUCCUCAGCAACCCUGCUUACCUCUGA